CUUCUAGGGUUAGAGAGGGCUUUGUUUGGAGCUACUGGCGAUGGCCGCGACCAACAGCAGGAUCUCCUUCACGAAGAUCAUGAAGAAGGCACACAUGGCCGAAAUGCCAAUUCCCAAGCCAGUGUACGAGAAGUACUCCACUGGCGCUCUGCGGGGCACCGUGAUCUUGGAGCUGGGAGGCAGCGACUGGCAAGUGGAGGUGGGCUCCGGAUCAUUCACCACAGGAUGGAAGCAGUUCUGCCUCGACAACGCGAUCAAGGAGAACGACUCGCUCGUCUUCCACCACCAGUCGGCCAGGCGCUUCUCCGUGGAGCUCUACAGCAGCGAUGGAUCCGCCAAGCCGGGAGGAGGAGCCAAGAGCUCCACCUCCGGAGGAAAUGCCCUGGCGGAGGCCAUGGAGAAGGUGAUCAAGGAGUGCGUCGUCCAUCUGGAUGAGGAGUCGAGCCUAAAGUUCGUCAUCUCCAAGGUUCCCAGAGUGGUCGACGUCGAGGUCGCGGAGCCUUCCACUCCUCGCAAGAUCGUCAAGGCCGCGGGGAUUGGGAAUGGACCGUCCGCCAGGACGAGGUCGUCGCCCAAGACCGCCCCACCCCCAGCGGCGGUGGCGCGAGUGGAGUCGAGGAAGAAGAAGAAGCAACCACUGCCGGUGUCGGAGUCGGACGCCGAGGAGGAGGCUCCUCCUGCCAAGAGGGCCAGGACCGAGCCAUCCAAGAGGAGGGAGGUAACGCGAGCUUCCACCAGGCGCUCGCUAGAGUCGGGUAGUGGCAGCAAAGGGCGGCCCAGCAGGAGGAAGAGCAAGGUGGUGAGCAAGAUCACGGCUCUGGAGGUGCGUGUGGAUUCCACUUCCACUCUCCCUGCAGCGAAGCAGGAUGACACUCCGAGAGAGAGGAAGAAGGUGGCCAAGUCGGGAACAGCCGAGACCAAGACUGGAACAGCCGAGAAGAAGACGCGAGAGAGGAGGAAGACGAGUUCUGCGAGGAAAUCAUCGAGCUCCAGGGGAAAGAAGCAGGUUGUUCCUGCGGCAGACUCGGCAGCUCUCGCACAAGCGGUGGCAUUCAAGACGAGCAACCCGAGCACCGUGAUAGUGAUGAAGAAGAGCAACAUCGCUCCGUGCUUUUACCUGAGCAUUCCGAACGAAUUCGCGAAGGUGCACCUUCCGGAGGAUCUCAAGGAGUUUGACAUGGUGGACUCGACGAACAAGGCGUGGGGCGUGCGGUGGCUCGGCCCUCCAAAGCGUGCCUUCAGCGGAGGGUGGUGCUACUUUGCGCAGGAUCACAACUUGCAGCUCAACGACGUGUGCGUGCUGGAGAUGCUCGGCGAGAACAGGGUCAGAGUUAACAUCUUCAAGGCGGAUCCAAAAGCAGCCCAAGGAGGAGGAGAAGCGGCAGCUCCUCCUGCGAAUCCAGCUGCAAACGAAGGCGCGGGAUUUGAGGCCGCCAAGGAAGAUGGCCAUGGCGAUGUGGAUGGUGGCGAUGGUGGCAAUGGUGGCGAUGGUGGCGGUGGUGGUGGCGGUGGUGGUGGUGAGCGUGAUCUGGAUGCUGUUGUGACUGGUAUCACUGGUGGAUCAAACAGGGAUGAAGAUGGCAUCGCGGAGGAAGAGGCGGACGAUGACGAGGAGGGCGAUGACGAAGACUAUGAUCCAAAGGAAGACGAUGGGGGAGACGACGGAGAUGGAGGCGAUGAUAAAGAAACUUGGAAGUAAUUUCUUCUUGUUAAUGUGUGAAGUAACAAAGAUUUUUCUUGUA